CUGUGAUGAUUUACACAUAAACUUCACUCGGGAAGAGUGGUCCUUGCUGGAUCCAUCUCAGAAGAGACUUUACAAAGAUGUGAUGCUGGAGACCUACAGGAACCUCACCGCUAUAGGAUACAAUUGGGAAGACCAUAAUAUUGAAGAACAUUGUCAAAGUGAUAGAAGACAUGGAAGGCAUGAAAAAAGCCAUGCCUCAGAGAAACCAUAUGAAUAUACUCAGUGUGAUAAAGCCUUCCGUUAUCACAGUCAUCGUCAAAAGCAUAAAAGAACUCAUACUGGAGAGAAACCCUCUGAAGGCUUUCAACAUAGUGAAGCCCUUGCAAGUCACAGUAGUCUCCAAAUACAUAAAAGAACAGAUUAUGGAGAGAAACCCUACAAAUGUAAUCAGUGUGAUAAAACCUUUGCGCAUCACUCUACUUUGCGUUUGCAUAAAAGAACACAUACGGGAGAGAAACCAUAUGAAUGUAAUCAAUGUGGUAAAGCCUUUGCACAACGCAGAUAUCUUCAAAAACAUAAAGUAACACACACUGGAGAGAAACCCUACAAGUGUAAUGAAUGUGAUAAAGCCUAUUCACAACAGAAUCGUCUCCGAAUACAUAAAAGAACACAUACUGGAGAGAAACCUUAUAAAUGUAAUCAGUGUGGUAAAUCAUUUGUAUGUCAUGCUUAUCUUCAAACUCAUGAAAGAGUUCAUACUGUAGGGAAACCUUACAAAUGCAAUCAAUGUCAUAAAGCCUUUUCAGACCCCAGGUAUCUUCAAAUACAUGGAAGAACACACACUGGAGAGAAACCUUAUAAAUGUAAUCAAUGUGGUAAAGCCUUUGUAUAUCAUUGUGCUUUGCAUUUGCAUAAAAGAAUACAUACGGGAGAGAAACCUUAUGAAUGUAAUCUAUGUGGUAAAGCCUUUGCACAAAGAAGUCAUCUUCAAAUACAUAAAGUAAGGCAUACUGGAGAGAGACCCUACAAGUGUAAUCAGUGUGAUAAAGCCUAUUCACAACAGAGUUAUCUCGUAAUACAUAAAAGAACACAUACUGGAGAGAAACCUUAUAAAUGUAAUCAGUGUGGUAAAUCAUUUGUAUGUCUCAGUCUUCUUCAGACUCAUGAAAGAAUCCAUACUGGAGAGAAACCUUACAAGUGUAAUCAAUGUGAUAAAACCUUUUCACAACACCCUAGUCUCCAAACGCAUAAAAGAGUACAUACUGGAGAGAAACCCUACAAAUGCAAUCAGUGUGAUAAAAGUUUUUCACAAAGCGCUACCCUCCAAACACAUAAAAGAACACAUACUGGAGAGAAACCCUAUGACUGUAAACAGUGUGGGAAAGCCUUUGCAAAGCACUCUACUCUGUGUUUGCAUAAACGAACACAUACUGGAGAAAAACCUUUUCAAUGUAAUCAAUGUGGUAAACUAUUUGCACAUUACAGUACUCUCCAAUCCCAUAAAAGGAAUCAUACGGGAGAGGAACCCUAUGAAGGUAUUUGA